AUGUAUACGCUUGUUCGCCAGACGGCCCUGGCUCACUGGAAGUAUGCAUUCCUAAAGAUCGUUCUCGAGUUCCUGAUGAAUUUCGUCGUGGCAUUCAACCCCACGUUUAAGACGUGGCGUAUCGACACAUCCAGCCCCCUGUGGCAAGUGGUCCGCUGGACGGUGUGGCGGUCGCCAAUCAUGCACCUGUACGGCUAUAGAACAUAUAUCCUUGGCCUAGCUUGGCUUACGUUGGUCAUGCGUAAGCAGGAGCAGUCAAAGGUUUUAAGACUGGCAGCGCUCGGCCUCCACGUCGUGUAUGAUAUCUUCUUCGUCAUGUGCUACGUGGCCUUUUUUGAGUGUUUGAAGAUGCCUCACCUGCUGCACAUGCUGGUGGCGCUCUCGGGGGGGAUAUUGUUUCUCUUUGUCACUGCGCUGGUGGUGGUAGCAUCGUGCGACUUGGACCCCGUGUCGCGUGCUGUCCUGGCCUCCCCGGCGGCUUAUGCGCGCCUGAAGAUCCUCUUCGCGAAGGCGGUUUUCAUAACAUUCGCCAACUGUCUUGACAGUAACACGAAGGUCCAGGUCAUCGGCAUGGUUGCGUCCGUCACUCUUAUUGUAUUCUGGAAUUUGCGUGCGCUGCCAUUCUACUUCAACUUCACCAAUGUGGUGUGGACUGGCCUGUGGUGCGGCAUCCUUUACCCGUGCGUCAUCUUGGUUGUUGUCACAUUCGGCAAGGAGCACUCAGAUGCGCACUACCGGGCAAUGACGCAGGCGAGUUUGCUGUGUAGAUUGGGGAUUGUCCUUUAUGGCAUGUUUCCUGCCGUCGCGGGUGGAAUGGCGAUUACCAGCAUGUACGUAUGGUGGGCGAUGCGCCCGGCGCGUAAGUUUCGAAACCUUGAGUUGGGUAUCAAGCUGUCCAAGGUCCACAAAUUUGAGUCGGUGUACGAGGUGGAGCGGCUGGCUCGCGUGAUGCGCAAGUUUGACACCGAAGGGCUGGUAGAGGAAGAUGCGGCCGCACUGGGGGGAACCAUCAUCAAGGCCGGCCUGCAGACCUUCCCCAAUGCGCCGCACCUCCUCAUCCUGUAUGCUAACUACAUGCUUGAGGUGCGCAAGGACGGCCCUUCCGCGAGGACACAGCUGCAGCUGGUCGGCAAGCAGAUGCCGAACGUGGUGGAGCGGUACCAGGUUUUCUGCACCAAUGAAGCCAGCAAGCGACUCAAGGACAGCCAAGAGGAGGGGAUGGACCUGCAGGCGUACAUGGAGUUCAAAAGGAACCUCAGGGCGGUGUUGCGCGUGCACAAAGACGUGUUGCUGCAGCAGAGCGAGCUGUGGCAGAUGUGCAUGCGGGACACGCUGCGGGUAGCACAGAUCGAUGAGGCCAUGAGAGCUCUGGAGGCUGCGAGUACGAGGGCCGACCAAGUUUACAGGAGGGUUUUGGAGCGCUAUCCCACCAAUGGCAAACUGUUGCGCUGCUACGGGAAGUUCCUGGAGGACGUGCGGCACGACCAGGUUGCUGCGGCGCGCGCCUAUGCCGGGGCAAACCGUGUUGGAUCCAGCAACGCGCUGCUCUCUCUGGACUUCGGCGGCACUGUGCAUUGCGGCCAGGACAGACGCAAACCCGACUUUCUGACGUCCAUGUCAUUGGAGGAUGACGCAGUGGUGGUGAUUGACGCGGAGGGCACCAUCAUGAUGGUCAGCCAGGCGGUCCAGAGGGUUUUUGGCUACUCCAAAGUGGAGUUGGAAGGGGCCAAUGUGAGCCUGCUGAUGCCGCAGCCGUUCAGCCAGCGCCACGCGGGCUACGUACAGCGGUGCACCAGUACGGGCGAGCCGCAUAUCCUGGAUACUGUCCGUGAGAUGGUGGCGCUGCACAAGGAUCGCUACGUCUUUCCAACCUCAUUGUGCGUCACUAGGCUGAGUGGUGUCGGUUCUGACAGCAUCUUCCUAGGUGUUAUCCGGCCCCUGCCGGCGAGCUUGCUGAACAUGAGGGCCUGGAUUUCUCCAAACGGCGUCUUCCUGUGCGCCGACCAGCAGUUUUCUUCGGCCAUCGGCAUGGUUGAGGGAGACGUGGUGGGACAUACAGUGGCGACAUUCGUUGUGGAGCCCCAGGCCGUCACGGCGCUUCUAGCCCGCUGCCAGGCCGCUACCGCACAGGAGCUCGAGUCUGGUGAUAUCACGACGGAGCUGAUCUUUCACCACCGAUUCCUAGAACCUGUGUUGUUCCGCGUGGAGGUUCGCAUGGCGGGCAGCGACGCUCAGCGCAUCCUGGUUCUUCACUGCCGACGCACUGAUGGGCUGGACGGCAGCAUGCUGGCUGUGGACACGCACAUGCGAGUCAAGUUUGCGUCGUGCGAGGUGGCGCUGCUGCUGGGCUACUCGAUGCGCAAGCUGGCCUCCAUGAGGCUGGACCAGCUGCUACCGCCGCCGUACAACGCCCUCCACGCGAAAUGGCUGAGGGACUGUCCACACACUUCUCGACCGGGUAGUUGCCGUACAGGGGCUGUGGUGCACCUUUUAUCUGAGGCAGGUGUACAUGUACCUGUGCGGCUCGAGAUACGUACUGCGGAAUCCGACAGUGGGGGGCCAUCUGGCGGUGUCCCUCUUUACAUCGUCAAGGCACGCAGUUACGGUUUCGGAGUUUGGAAUCUGUUCAGCAGAAGGCACGCGCAUCAGGGUUUAUUUGCCGCCAUUUCGCGUGUGUCGCGCAGCUGCGCGGCCGGAGCCGGGCUGGGAAUGCGUGCAGUAAGCCUGGGUACCAAGAUAUUGGAAACAUCCUACCCUCUUCCCAAGAUGUCCUUUCUUCUGAUGCGAGAUGAUGAUCACUUCUAUCCUAAACUCUCCUCCGUCGUGUUUAAGGUAAAGAAGGUUACACAAGAUGAGAUGGUUCGUGAAAAGCGGCUGGUGCUAACUGUGGACUUCACCGGCAAGGUGAUGAUGGUGUCCCCACUGGAAUCCGCUGUGUUCGAGUUUCCGGCGCUGGCACUGGUGGGUACCAACCUGGCGGAGUCGAUCGACAUUUUCGCCGAUUGGCACCGACGCAGCGGGGAGACCCAGAUGCAAAUGAUACUGCUGGCGCUGCUGGGAAAGGAGCAGGAAAUGCCGGGUACCUCCUGGCGGGUACGGGUACGUGAGCCGGUGGUCGAGGGAGACGCGCGGCUGCCGUCGGCCAUUGGCGCCAUGGGCAACGAGCCACGGCGGAUAUCCCGAUCCGCGUGCCUCCAGGUCGAGCUGGACGAGGAAGCCGAAGGUGGCGGGGCCGAGGUGAACGGCGAAUCGGGCGUCCGAAUCCAGGUGACCCUGUGGCGGCGCGAUUUGCUGAGCGGGGUGCUUGAACUGGACGACGAAUUGAUCAUCCGGCGUGCGAGUCCACUCGCGGGCCUGAUCACAGGGUUGCCGACGUUCGCGAUGCUACGCAGGCCGCUAAGCCAGUUUUUGAACAUUCCGCACUCCGCGUCCUGGGAUAAGCUGGUGGCUGCCACACGUCAGCCGGGUCAUGGUCACCACAAAAAGAGCGCGCUGAAGGCCACCACCGACCGCGGCAGCAUCAGUCCCGUGAUGGCCUUCAUCGGGCCGCAUCCGGACUCGGGUACUAUGCGGCUGAUGGUGCAAGGAGUGCGAACCCUUGGGCCUGGGGCAAGGCCAAAAGUCACGCUCACCAUGCACCCCGACACCACCUUCGCGGGCGCGCACGCCAACCUCAUGCGUGUACUGAGGCUCGAGGACAGCUGUAAUGGCGGUGCCGGCAGCUACACAAGCUCUGCUCUCCAUGUAGACGACGACGUGUUGUCGCGUGUUAGCGGGCAGGCCCGGUCUACUUCAGCAAUUCCACCUGCACUGCGAUCGCGGAGCUUCGGCGUCUUGACAAGUGCGUCGCAGCCGCCUCUCAAGCCGCGGUUAGCGCUGACAGGUGGCGAGGAUGGCCACAACACGGAACACAUAUGCAGCCGUCAGGAGAUGGGUGGAGCCGUCGAGGGGGAGGGCCGCUCGGAGUUCGACGAGAAAAUGGAAUCCAGCGGCGAUGACGAUGAACUUGGCGGCGGGGUGGACGACGAGAACGACGGCAGCAGCUCCGGCGGGCUCAUGGCGCAGGCGACCUGUAUUCAUCGCCAGGCCACGUCCAAGUCAGAGUUCGUGAUGCAGUGGGUGCGAUCUAUUACACACCAAGGGAGUGGGCAGUUAGAAGUGCAGGCGCAACGGCAACGUCGAAAGCGAAGCCAGAACCUGCAGGCGGCGGACAGGGGAGCUGCAGCAGCGUCUUCUUCUGCCGCUGUGGCAGUCUCACGUGAGGAGAGCAGUCUUUUGGCUCUGCCAUUACUGGCGUCGCAAGCAAUGGUGCCGAGAGCUACGAGUCGUCUGCCUUCGGCGCCAGAGGCGCCUUUGGCCCUUGGUGCGGAGUGCAGGUUGAGUGGCGCCAAUGAUGAUAACCUAAUCGCCAUACCCCAGCUGCGGGGAAGCCCAUCCGGCCUGCUGGACGUGCAGGAGCGGCAGCAUCGCGCAGUCAACCGGGUGCUCAGUUUUGCGGUCACGGGUCCUUUGCCGGCUGGCGGGGGUGCGUGUUUACAGGAAGCGCGGAGUGGCGCGGAGGCGAAAAUCGUGACGGUGGUGAACAAGGGCCGCCAGGAAAACGAGGAAGAGGAGGCUGCAAAGAGCGACAAGGGAAGUACCGCGGACGGUUCGAGUGUGGAUGAUGGAAGCCAGGUGGCAAGCGCUGUUUCAGGUACGACAGAUGCCACUUCGGUGUCCGAGGUGGUAAUUGACGCCCGGCGAGGCCGGCUGCUCAAGGCCCUGAAUAAGGUGAUGCUGGGGCCAGCCCUCAUGGCGCAUAUUGACCGCCUGAAGCUGCGCAGCUACAUCCUCAUUAUCAUCAUGUUCGUGGCGCACCUAUUCGGUUACGUCACAAUAUCCAUGGAGAUCCGGAAGCAGUACACGGGCAUAUACGCGGUGCACGGCCAGGCUCUGGCGAUGGAUCGGUCGCAGCUGAUCGUGGUGCGCACUGUCCUGGGCACCUUUUGCGAACGCGCCAACGUUACGGAGAGAGUGGCGGGAUGCGCGUACUCCCUCCAAACGUCCCUCAACAAGCUUCAGACAAAUGCGCUGCUGAUGGAGCAAUACCACCAAGGCGUCUACUUGGGCUUUGAUGGGAAAAAAACAUCGGAGCCGGAAUGGAACGUGUACAACAUCUGGACUCGGCCGCUCGUAGAUUACCAAGUGUUCCUGGAUACGACACCGCCACAAACCGUCACGAGCCGGGCGGGUGCUUGGCAGCUGGGCAACCGGUUCAUCGCGGCAGCGCGGGAGGCCGUGUAUUGGAUGGCGAUCUAUAAAGAGAACUUCAAGUUCCACCGUAUCCACUCCUUCAUCCAGUCGAACGGCCUGGGGUCGCUCUUCGGGGUCUAUGCCAGCAGCUUGGACUAUCUGGUGGCGGCGGCAUGGAAGGGCGUCCUAGGGCUGCGGAAGGACAUGCUGAUCUUCCUGGCGGUUGAGGGACUGUUUAUCCAAAUCUGCUGCGCGUUGUACGAGUUGUUCCUGGUGCACCGGCUGGAGGCGGCUCGAGUGCUGGGCGUGCUGGCGAUUGUGGGACUUCCGAAGCCCGUGCUGCGCAGGCUGGCGGCUAUCGAUACCAAGACGUGCUGCUUAACGGGGGGCUUAUGCCAACAAGCACUGCGUAGUUAUGCAGUGCUCGAGGAACGUGGGAUUGGGGGUCGCACCCUGCGCGUCAUGCGCCUUCGCAUGUCCCGCAAGGGCUCGCGGGGCAGCGAAGAUCAGUCCACCAGCUACGGGUCCAAGCGCCUUUGUGUCAACGGCAAAUCGCUGCUGCCGUCGUACAGUAACGUCACGAAGUUCAUGGUGCCCUUUAUGAUAUGGAGCAUUGCCGUUAUCGUGGUGUACACGGUCACACUGGUGGAGCUGAACAAGAUGCAAUCGCCGCUGGCUUCCCUCAACCUGGCCUCGCGCAUCGUUUAUCGCUACACCCGUCUGCGCGCCAUCGGGGCGGUGUUCGUCAGCCAGGACGACAGCGGCAGCAAGGACGUCUGGCGGCCGCUGCUGUCCUCGGAGCUGGACACUUUGGAAAGCGAGUACAGCGCCCUCAUGUAUGGUGGCGUUCCUUCUUCCAUGGCGAACAGCACGUUCCGACGCUAUGUGCCGGCCGCAACCUUUGCGUCGGCUUCUUUUGCGCGACUUUUCUUCCAGAGCAAGGGCUGUUUCCGCAUUAAACAGGAAACCUGCUUCACCCCGGGAAAUGAGUACUACGAGAUUACCCACAACGGGCUGGACGCCAUGGUACGGCGGCUGGUGUAUGAAUUGAGGCUGUUGUCGCUGGACGACGACGCGGACGUGACGUACAACAACUCGAGGUAUGCUUACACAUCUAUCGUAGGUGCCAACGACCUUUACGAAGGAUUGCAGCAAGCGGCGCAGCUGUUCGUCGAUUACUCCAUUACGCACUAUACCAAUAUUCUCAAAACGCACACGGCAAGUGCGGGCUUGACCCUUUUUAAGGGAAACGUGCGAAGGGAUAUAGGUACCAUCCUUCUGGUCGUCUCCGUUGGGCUCAUGCUCGCCUACUUCGUAUUCCUGCUCUGGCCGCACAUUGCGCGCACGGCACGGGACGCUGCAAGGCAAAGCGCACUGCUGAGCCUAGUCCCACCUGAGAUGGACGUUCGGGCACAUGUACGGAUGGUCUUCAAGCGCGGCAUCGCCCGCAAAAAGGCUGGCAACAGGGCAGGGAGUUCCAACAAGGGGCCGGGCUAG